AUGGGACAUGGAAAAAAGAAGAAACAAUCAAAAGACACUGAUCAUGAGGAAGGCAGUGGAGACGGUGAAGGAAGAGCCGCUCAUCAGAGACCAAACUGUUGUGAUACACUCAUGUUGGCUCUUGUCUGUUUCUUCAUGGUCGUUGCUCUUGCCGUUUCGAUUCCAAUGCUUCUCGCGGCUUCUGGGAAAGCUGAUAUCGAGUUCAUCAAUAAGAAGUUGAAGGAGGUCAAAGAGCCAAAUGAAUAA